CUGGGUUUGGUGUCCCUCCUGCACGUCACCCACUUGUACCAGAAACUCCCCACCGUGUUACCACUGGGUUACGUGUUUCUACUUUAAUUCGAGCGAAUUUCUGCGAAUGAAAACCGGCUCUUCUUCAGCUCACGAGGCUUCCCCCGUCAUGACUUCACCGGGCCGCCCCUCCAGUUGAAUGGGAUCCCUGAACGCCUCUCCUCCGUCCUGUCUUUCGUUUUGGCACCAAAAGAAAAAAAAAAACACAGUCUCUGCUGUUCCGAGUCCUGACUUUCGGAUCCUUGAGUCUGCCUGCCUUCUCUUCAGUCACUUUCAUUAAUGGUUUGAUGUGAAACCCGCCCGUCUGAGCUGCACGAGAGCGACGACGCCAAAUCUCCUGAAGCCUGAACGUCGGGGCCUUGGCCAUGGGGGGAUCCAAGAGUAAGCCCAAGGAUGUAGGCCAGCGAACCCGCAGCCUCGAUGGCAACCUCAGCUCUGGGGGAGGGGCUGGCGGGCACCACCUCAACUCUGCUCAACAGUCAUUAACACCCAAUCGGAGCCCUACUAUGGAUGGGGGGAUCAACUCCAAUCAGCCAAUGGCAAGCAAGGCAGAGCUGGCAUUGUUUGGGGGUGUUGACAACAAUAGUGUCACCUCUCCGAAUAGAUGUACAAUAGCGGGAGGUGUGACGACCUUUGUGGCACUGUAUGACUAUGAGUCUCGAACAGCCUCAGAUCUGUCUUUUAGGAAGGGUGAACGCCUCCAGAUUGUCAACAACACGAGGAAGGUGAACUGCAGAGAAGGGGACUGGUGGCUGGCGCGCUCCCUCACCACUGGAGAGAGCGGUUAUAUCCCCAGCAAUUAUGUGGCUCCAUCUGACUCCAUCCAGGCAGAAGAUCAUCUCAGACUGACUGUAGAGUCCAGGUGGUACUUUGGCAAAAUCACACGCCGCGACUCAGAGAGGCUGCUGCUAAGUUUGGAGAACAGGAGAGGGACUUUCCUGGUGAGAGAGAGUGAGACCACCAAAGGUGCCUACUGUUUAUCUGUACUGGACUAUGACAACACCAAAGGGCUGAAUGUGAAACAUUACAAGAUCAGGAAGUUAGACAGUGGAGGCUUUUACAUCACUUCACGCACGCAGUUUAGCACCCUGCAGCAGCUUGUCAAUCAUUACCGCAAACAUGCUGAUGGGCUGUGUCACAGUCUAACAGAUAUUUGUCCUGUACUGAAGCCACAGACUCAGGGUUUGGCCAAGGAUGCCUGGGAGAUUCCCAGAGAGUCUCUCCGUCUCGACCUCAAGCUUGGGCAAGGCUGUUUUGGAGAGGUCUGGAUGGGAACAUGGAACGGUACAACACGCGUUGCUAUCAAAACUCUGAAGCCUGGUACCAUGUCCCCUGAGGCUUUCCUCCAGGAAGCACAGGUCAUGAAGAAACUGAGACAUGAAAAACUGGUUCAGCUAUAUGCUGUGGUAUCUGAGGAACCCAUUUACAUUGUCACUGAAUACAUGGGCAAAGGUAGCUUAUUGGACUUCCUGAAAGGAGACAUGGGAAAGAUGCUCCGCCUCCCUCAGCUGGUGGACAUGGCCUCACAGAUUGCUUCAGGAAUGGCUUAUGUGGAGAGGAUGAACUAUGUGCACAGAGACCUCAGAGCAGCUAACAUCCUGGUUGGAGAUAACCUAGUGUGUAAAGUGGCUGAUUUUGGUCUGGCACGCCUCAUCGAGGAUAAUGAAUAUACUGCACGGCAAGGAGCCAAGUUUCCUAUUAAGUGGACGGCUCCUGAAGCUGCUCUUUAUGGCCGCUUCACCAUUAAAUCUGAUGUGUGGUCAUUUGGGAUCCUGCUGACUGAACUGGCUACCAAAGGCCGAGUGCCCUAUCCAGGUAUGGUAAAUCGGGAGGUGCUAGACCAAGUGGAGCGUGGUUAUAGGAUGCCAUGCCCUGCAGAGUGUCCUGAAUCCCUGCAUGAGCUGAUGCUGACCUGCUGGAGAAAAGAGCCAGAGGAAAGACCCACCUUUGAAUACCUACAGGGCUUCCUAGAGGAUUACUUCACUUCCACAGAGCCACAGUACCAGCCAGGAGAGAACCUGUAACUGGGCUGAACAUAUGUAUGUGCAUGUGCUAUGCAUGUGCAACUCUGAGCAUGUGUAUCUGGUUGAGAGUGCAUGGAUGAGAAUUGAGUGAAUCGGUAUGUUUGUAAUGCAGGGUAGGAAGCCGAGGGCAUUCUGGUACAAUCAGUGACUCUCACCUCUGUGGCAUUAAUGAGUAUCAGCACGACAUCAAAUCAACCAACAGCAUUUAACAUCUGCCUGUUUCUAAACUCACUGAAAACCCUCCGUCAGAGCAGACAUGUUGGAAGGGACUGAACUGUGUUAUUCUGAGCACUGUGUUCUGUUCAACAAUCAAGUAAACAUCCUUUACAGCCGAGCAGGUUUACCCUCCUUCCAUGUGUUUGUAAAGAGCCAUUAUGAUAUGUACUUCCUGUGUUUAUUUACCUGACUGAUGAUGUAGAUUCUCGUCUUCAACACUGCAAAGGACACCAGACUAUGAAAGGAUGGACUGUAUAUCACUGAAAAGGAAGAGGUAUGUCAAUGACUGUUGGAUAGAAAUACUGUCCUGCUGAAAGCGCACUUCAAUAUGCCCAUUUUAUGACACUUUCUUUGGGAUGCUAUUUACAGCAUACCUGUGCUAUUUUCCACUUAAGAAACCAUUUGGGACCUAAUUUACUCGAAAUUCUGUUUUUUUUUUUUUUUUUUUUUUCUGAAUUGUAUACCUGGAUCAACUGGAAUAUUAUCAGGUGAAUGUCUUUUACCUUUGAUUUAUAACCAUUCUUCCCCAUGCAUCAUUCAGGUCAAACUCCAAACUACUCUGAGUUAUAAGAGGCUGACGCUUCUCCUCAGAAUUAACUUUGUCUUGUCUCAUUAGUCGGCCACUUUGGACAAAUUAGUUUGUUGCUAAAACACAAAGAAGAGAAGAAGAGGCAGAGUCUGUAUGACUUUUUCUAGUCAAGACUUUUCUUAACAAACAAAUGGCUACUGAUCACUAAAGGUCAUCUCAGGAUGGAGAAGACUAUAAUUCUGCUGCAAGGAUUUUUGUGCCAAUGAAAAUCUCUUUUAUACUCUCUUCUACUGUGUAAAAGUGUAUUUUACUACUAUGAACUGUUCUUACAAUGAUGUGUGAGUUGUUUAAGGAGAGCUUAUACUAUUCUUAUCAAAGGAUAACCCACUAUUUUGAGAUUCUGCACCUGUGUACAUUAUCAACUGGCUCACCAGCAUUGUUUCAAGGUGCUGAUUUCUUUUCAAAUUAAAAUCAGGUUAAUUGUAUUCAUGUCUCCUUUCAGUUAUAAACUUCAUUAACAUGGAGAUUAUUAACUCUUUGAAUAUGUUUCACUUACUUUAAUUAUAAUAAAUGCAUCUUUGGGCUCCAUCAUACACUGGAGAUAUUCUUCUCAUUGGAGAGAAUACUACUGUGCACAGUGUGACCGUGCCUCCCUCCAGCCAGCAGGGGGCACAAAACUUCCCAAUCGUACUCAAAGAAAACAAUUUGGCAUUCUGAAACGUAAUUGUAAAUAUUCAUAUUCUAAUGUUUUGUAUAUAUCAUUUUUGUAAUUUAUUCCUUUUAAAUAACACAAUAGUUUGUUUUGCUUCCAGCAUCUUCAUGCAAAUUUUAAUUUUCAUGGUACUUUCAUGGGUGAAAUAACAUUAAAAUAAUAAUAUAAAUAUAUAUAUAAUAGAAACACUUUUACAUUACGAGUAUGUUUUUUUGUGCACGUAUUUCUGUGAAAUUUAUCCUGGCUGUACAUUAUAGUCUCAGAUUCACCACUUUGGAGGAAAACAUUUGUCUUGUCAGGUACUGAUCAUCAACCAGCACUGAUCAUUUCGAAAUACAAAAAAAACCUCAUAUUCUUACAUUAUCAUAACCCACAAAUGAACUGGUGCUGCUUUUAUCAUUUGGUGAUUGAGCAGAAGUAUUGAAUUCUUAUCGAUUUACUUUUUUUUUUUUUUUAAUACAUCUGACCAACAUGGUACGUAUGCUACCAUCAGUUAACCUUUUAACACUACUUGGAUCAAAUUCAGAAGACGUUUUGAGUGGCACAUAUGGAAAGAGUUUGUAACCUGUGUUCUGUGGACAUGGGUUACACUACAGCUGAUGCAUUGACCUGCAUGUGUGGAGUCAUGAUCUCUGGCAUCAAACCUCUCCCCAUCUGACUUGUCUCACUGAAUGUUUAUGAGCAAAAAUGUAGAAAAAGUGCAAGAGGAAAGGUCACACUGUCUGUAUGCAGCCUUGCUUCCAAGCCAAGGACAUUUCCUGUGGGGUUCUUUGGGUCUUCUUUCUGGCUAUGCAGAUAUUUUUUAAAUCUGUGAUAUCCCUAUAUACUCUUUUCUACUGUAUUCAACAGGAAUUUUCAAGUACAAAGUUCUUUGUUAAAUCCUACUGAAUAUUGUUCAAAUACAAAAGUAUGUUUGAAUAAAAUUUGUAUAUUGCCAGUUGAA